ACAUCAAUCAAACUUCAAAAUCCAAGAGGGGACCAAUUGCAAAAAAAAGAACUGUGUAAAAAUCUUACUUUUGAGAGUAAAAAGAGACUGAAAAACAAUGGCAGGGCACGAGGAUUUCAUCGAAGCUGAAAAUGCAGAAGCCAUCAUCACUCGAAUCGAGCACAAAUCUCGCAAGAUCGAAAGCUUACUCAAACAGUAUAAACCAGUUGAAGCUCUCAAAACUGCGCUUGAAGGUUCAUCUGCCAUAACUAAAGACGAUCGCUGCAAGUCGGCGAAUUGGAUAGCGGUUCAUCGGGCGAUAAUGGCGAUUAAAGAUGUUGAUGGGAUGCUCGCUUCUUUGGAUUCUGAGUAUUAUGAUAUUCUCAUGAAGUACUUGUACAGAGGUUUGUCAACUGGAGAUCGUCCGACAUGUGAACAGUGCCUCAGAAUACAUGAAAAGCUGACUCAGAGAGCUGGUCUAGGAUGCAUACUUCGCUGUCUUGCUGAUACACAGAAUACAGUGUGAUUCAAGUUAAUACAAAACUCGUUAAAGGACCAUCUGAUAGAAAUGAUCUCACACGUCACACCUUCUACCCUUAUGCAUCCCUGUUUUAGAAAAGGGAUAUGGAGAAUUCUUAAGAUUUGUAUAGAAGUUGAUGUCUUCACUCUUUGCUAGGCAGUUAUCUCGCUUAUCUGUCUCAUCCCUGUAAAACUCAGAGCUUCUAAGCUCUUGUCAUUAUAUCAGAGAUUACAUUCCAUUAGCAAAACUUUCAGAUCAUCAGAUGUCACGUAACAUAGAGAUUUAUUGUUUUUA